AUGUCUUCGUCCCAGCCCAACAAUAGCGAGGACCAGCCACACGACAGCGACAGCGUGGAGUACAGCGGUGGCAGAGGCGGCGUGUACCGCAAGCGAAGCGGCAAGCUGUGCCUCGUCGUCGGUCUGAUGUCUGUAGUCGUCGUCGUGAUCGUCUUCCUGAUCGUCGGCUUCAUCAGCUACCGCGACGCGGCAGUGGCACAGGCGGGCAAUGCCGGCCCUGCGCAACUUGCACCGGGCAACCCGGAGGCCUGUGUGAACCCGUGCCGUAGUCCGCACUUCUUCUGCCACCCAUCCUCGGAGAGGGACGAAAAGGGCUGCUUUGAACCUGGAUGCCCCUGCUUCCCCGAGCACUGCCACAAGCGGUGUCCACCUGAUCAGGAGUGCGUUCUCGGAUCCCCUGUGGACUACAAAGGGUGCUUCAGGCCUAACUGCAAAUGCGAGGGAGCACGAGGCUCAUUGCCGACGGGAGAUGACAAAGCACUCGCCAUGGGCGUCGACCAAGACUUCAACUCUUCGUCAGACUUCCGUAACAACCACCUCGUUGUCCCACACAACAAAACGGAAACUACAGUCCAAAGUGUAUCUCCGCGAGGCCAGACCGAUAGCAGGUCCAGUGUGAGUGGACAUGUACCAAGCCCAAAAGAAAGACACGAAGUAACUGAUGGGCCUACGGGCUUUAUAAGCUUCUUUUUGAACCUGCCCCUCAGCACUGAGGGCUCUGCAACACACUUGAAAGGUACCAGUGCGUUUGUCGUGACAGACUCGCUUCUACGACACAGCAACGCCAGCUCCUCAACGUUAAGACAAGGUCCCAUUCAAUUCGCCAAGGUCGACAACGCAUCGACGACACUGUCAGCAAGUCAGAGCAAAGGCGAAACGUCUCAUGUAACGCUGUCUACGGUCAACGGGAACGAGUCUCACGGAUCUGUGAAAGGUCACGACCACAGCUCCAAGUACGCGAACUCGUCUUCUCAGCUGGACGAGCAAAACGACGACGAUGACGACGACGACGACAACAGUGACAUCUCGCGUCACGACAAGACACAAACCUCGACGCUCGGAGGACGUGCCAGCUCUGAGAACUCUACACGCGAGAAGUCUGACGACGUUGGAACGAUCCAGAGUGAGCAGAGCCCUCCCAGACAAGGGCAAGAUUCAACGUCCAAAACCUCGGAGGCCAUGCUACAGGCCACUGCACCAACCACUUCAAGUCAGCGAGGAGACGAAGGUGGCAUCUCGUCUACAGCCAUGGAUGACCUUGCUUCCGCUUCCAGUGCCACCAGUCAAGGGGCCGCAGAAGAUCAGCACCCUCCAUGGACGACUGCAAGCGACAGUGUCCGCAAAUAAAAGGCGUCUGACACCUC